ACGGACUAUCAGCCAUGGCGACAAGCAACAAACAAUACAAAGCCAUCGGCGAGGACCUCUGGAAAGGUCGCACCGAAAAGAUUAAUGCCGAACUAUUCGCUCUCACGUACGGUGCGCUGGUCAUACAGCUCAUCCAGGACUAUGAGGACUACGCAGAGGUGAACAAACAACUGGAGAAGAUGGGAUACAACAUCGGCACGCGUCUAAUUGAGGACUUCUUGGCGCGAAGUAACAUUGGACGGUGCUCAGACUUCAGAGAAACCGGAGAGGUCAUUGCGAAGGUGGGAUUCAAAUCCUUCUUGAACAUAACGCCAAAUGUCACACACGCCACGCCACAACCACCAACAUCACCCAAUCCGCCGAGCACGCCAGGAGCGUCGGGUCAACCACCAGCUUCGGGCGCGACGCCCCUCACAUCCUUCUCUUUGACUUUCGACGAGAACCCGUUGGCAGAAUUUGUGGAGUUGCCUGACGAGGCGUUGGAGGGAGGGCUAUGGUUCAGCAACGUUUUAUGUGGGGUAUUGAGGGGCUCUCUGGAGAUGAUCCAGAUGCAGGUGCAGGCAGAAUUCGUGUCGGACGUGCUGAGGGGAGACGAGACUACUGAGAUUCGGGUAAAGUUGAUAAAGUAUCUUGAAGAAGAGGUUCCCGUUGGCGAAGACUAGAUUUCGAAGCGUGUUGUAGGAUGGUUUUCUUGUACUUUUAUAUACAUCCCACACGAGGAUUUCUGCGCGCCCACCAAAAGACCAUGAGUCUCGAGAUGUAAAUUAGGGCCACACCACCUGGGUAAAUGUAAGGUAGCACACGGCAACGCUCAACGAGCACGCUCAAUCUUGUUGAGCUUCUUCGCCGUCCGUGCAUUGUUCUGUGUGUUCUGUCCUCUAACCGGGUAGCCCAUAGCGUGCCUCUUCCCGACAUAACUCCCGAUCAUCCUCUGAUGAGCAAUGUUCUCCCUCAUCUCCCUCUUCAGCUCUGCCUCAAUCUUCAGGUUCCUCAACUGAUCCCCUCCACCACGAGGUUGAUACUUGACUGGUGGUGCAGCUCCUGGUGGUGGACGCAGCGCUUCUACGGCCGGAAGCUGCUCGAAAGGUGUUGACGGGGGAGCGGGUUUGAAGGAGAGCGACGCGACUGGUGGACGGACGGUGGCGUAGGCAGUUUGUGGUGAUGAGAGGAAGGAUGCGAGCGCGGUGGUUUGGUUGGGUGUUAGUUGAGAAACUCUGCACCUAUCGUGGAUGCCGAGUCGGGCGCAGAUGCGCUGCGAGGUUUUGUGGCCUAUGCCAUAGAAUUUCGUGAACGCGAUCCUUGCAUAUGCCGUGUCCAGCAAUUGCACGCCCAGGAUAUGCACCAUCCUCUCCUCCUC